AUGACUCCAUCGACAGCUUCUCAUAGCGCUCCUUCGCUUCCAUUCGCGAGCAACCUUAGCGAACAGUUGUCUCAGCGGUCUGAAUCGGAACGGCCUGAGUUGGGUCAGUCAGGCACCCAGACCGAUUUCGCAGGAGAGAGAGCCAGCUUGUUUGGCCCGUCGUUGCGUCCUUCCCCCAAAGCGCGAUCUUUGUCCGAUGCUUCACGGCCUUCAGUGUCCCUCUCCCCUAAGACCAGUGAAGACCGCCCUGCCAGUAAAGAUGAUACUGCCUUACCCUAUGCUCCCCAGACUCCCCGCCGAAGUCCCAUACAUGACCCCCCUCUAAAUCUACAGUCUUUACCAACGAAAGCCGCAACACCCGCGCCCUCAAGCCGUGCCCCUCUUUCCCCGAAGCUCGACCCGUCACAUAUAUACAGCGCCGCUUCUCCAAGCUCAGUCCUACCUCGCCGUUCCCGCGGGCUCGACUUCUCUCGCGCGUGCACCAACCUCCAUCAUUCGAUCUUGGCAGAAUCGUCCCCUGAUUCGUCACCGACGGUGGGCGGCCGAGGUGUAGCGAUCCCGCAGCGCCGUGCGUCACCUGGUUCUGUCCCGCCUUUCUCAACCUCCAACCCCGCCGAUCGGACAACCAUAUCGAGCUCCAUGUCAAGUGUUAAUAUGAUGGAAUCCGACACCAGCAGCAGCGAAGAGGAUGAUGAACCGAUGGAUCGCGAUGACGUGAUAAUGAAUACUCCCCAGGCACGGAAACUGGCACCAGGCUUCAACGCUUUCGCUGGCGGGAAUGUACCAAGUCCUGGUACUGAUUGGAUGGGAAGCUAUUCCCAAGCGGCUGCAAGCUUAUUGAGCUUUCAGCGGGCGCGCUUCCGCAGAGGGCGCAGCAGCCGACAUAGCUCCAGCAGCGCCAGUGGCAAUAGUUCGAAACAGAGCCCGGCACCUCUGUCGCCACCUGUAAUGAAAAGCAUCGAAAAUGGGAAUGGCUACUUCGGACACAGAAAUGGCGCGCCCUCGCGGCGGGAGAGUCUAAGUUUGGGAACACGCGACCUACGACUAUCGGAUAUGAGUGAUGAAGGGGAGAACCGGGGCUUUCGUGGCCACAGUCCAACCGGGACCAGGUCGGAUAGCGGCCCCUUGGGCGUAAUCAGGCGUGCUGUUACCCGGCGGGGCAGCCUAUUGCCCAAAACCAAAACGUUCGCACGUAUUCGAGCGGCUUUAAUGGAGGAAUCCGCCCCCGUCGACAGCGAUGCGAAACGCGAGGCUGAAGUCAUCCGCCAAGUCCGCGAAACCGAACCUGAACCGGCACAAACAUCUCCAGUGCUAGCCGCAUUCUCAUCGCCCAAUAUGUUCGUGCCGCCUGGGAUGGGGGAGUACCACGAGCCAGAGAAGCACGCAGCACCUUUGCCCAGCGAACCCAGCUUCAGCGACCAGGCCCAUCGGAACUCUGGUGGACAGGACUUUUGGAAUUCCUUUGACGAACGUUACCGUACCCCGCCGCCGCCCCUUCGUCAACAUGCAGCAUCUUCUGUAUCCGAAGAGGACAUAGCAAUGGAUAUGACGCCGUCUACCGCUUUUGGAUCACAUUCAAACGAGUUUGCGAAACCCGGCGAGAGGCCCGCGUCUCGUGCUUCGACCCCGCUUCAUCCGGCUCAGGCUGGUGUUAUUUCAGAGUUGCGCAGGAAACGACGACGAGAGGAUGAUUUCGAUCCUAAUCUUCUGAAGCGGAGGGCUGUGUCACCCAGUAUGAGCGCGCAAAGCAGUCCGAUCAUGCCGAAUUCGCCGGCUAUUACUGACAAUGGCCCAAAUAUAUGGGGUCCUCCUAAAUCAAAUAUUGGUCCCCUGUUCAAUGAUCGACCUGAGACUGGGGCUCGGACAAUACCAAGCGCACCUCACACCGGGACUUUUAAGAGGGUGGGCAUGCAGGGCAUGAACGAAACCAACGAUGGCUUAAUGAACAUGAGCAUUGAAUGA